AUCUUGCUAUUCAUUCUUCAUGCUAUCCUUUUUGUCCAUGGCGAUGUAUACCUCCAUAAUCCAAGAGGAAGUAAUAAUCGUCUGGACGAAGCUACUAGACCUCGUGCCAAUGCCAACAGGCUCUUUAAUUCUGAAAACAAUAAUCGCGGUGGAUACAAUGUUGGAAACUUGUAUUAUUAUGCUGGUACGGUCUUGAAUAUUGAAUGGACGAACCAACAUUCGUGCAACAAUCCUAAUAACCACUGCAAUUUGAUCUUGCAGUACAUGUGUCAUGAUUUAAUCCGUGAUGGUGUUACUACCAGGACCAUUCCGAAAUCACCAACAGGGUGUAGUAACUAUGAUUGCAAUCGUGACAUCAGAUAUGGGAUGCAUGAAACUUACGACAGUUACAAACUCUGCGAACAUCGAACUCGUAACAAAGGCUUAUUUACUGCUGAUCAGAAGUUAAAAGGCAACGGUGCAAUCUAUACUAGACAGAAUCCUGCUGGUACUCGACGAGGCUAUGAAUGCCCUGAAGAAAGAGAUUAUUACCCUUACUGGCAUCACACACAAUGGAAGGAUAUUGCCAUCCUUACUUCCGAGCCAACUAGAUGCCCUUACUACAAAGCAGAAAGUCACAACGUUAAGUCACGGUGGCAGUGUGUUGUGCCAAAUGCUUACUAUCGCUUUCAUAUCAUGCGAAAUUCCAAAGAUUUUAUACCAAAUAAUAAGAAAGAUUGUGAAAACUUAGUCUAUCCAAGCAAUGAUCCAAACGGUACGCGGGGUAAAUGGUCGGAGUAUCCAUCUCAUGGUAUCCCAGCUCCAGACUGUCGUGAAGCUGAUUGGAGUAGAGAUAACCAUUUGGGUAACACAAAAGGUGGCUAUCCAAUGAUGUAUAAUUGGACCAUUCCAAAUGAUUUUCAUGAAAAUUGCGUAUUACGAAUGAGAUAUAACAUUUCCACCAAAGAAUUUGACGGCUGGAGUGGUGAUAUUAAUUCUACCUUAAAUAGCGUUAAAGUGAAUGAGCCAACGUGGUUAGAUGUUCACAGUAGAUUUAACUUGAACCAGACAGAAGGAGAAAACCGAGGUUAUGUUUAUGAACAAAAUCCUAACGUUCGAGUAUUUAAAAAGAUUGGCAAUAGCGGCUUUAAAUUGCAGUUAGCCAUUAAUACUAAUCAGUUUGGACGAACUUUUCAAGAUCGUUCUCAUCGAUUUGCUAUUCGCAAAAGACCGAAAGAAUUGGAAGAUAAGUUGAUACAUAAUUUAAAUGUUCGAGGAAAGCGUGGUAAUAUUGUUCAAGUUUAUCCUGCUGUGGAGUAUGAUUUUGUGCCCAAUACAUUAAUGGUGUCUAAGAAUAGCUACGUUCAUGUCCAAUGGACUGGUUCCAAUACUAAUCCUAAUAAUAACGACGGUCAAGGAAGGGCUGGUACAGAUAGGUCUAACAUCGUCAUGUUAAGGAAUAAAAACUAUCCAGAAGGUAGUACUAGAUCUAGUCAAUUUGGUCACUGGGGCAAUAACUAUCCCAGUAUGUUAGCAAGGUCCAAUUUCACAGGAUUUUCAGCACAAGAUUUGGUAAACUUAGCCCUCUUAUCACCAAAUCAAUUUGGUGGUGAAAUGUCCGAAUUGGAUGAUGCAGGCACUUAUUUUGACUUAGGACCGCGAAAAGUUACAUCUAAUGGUGUGUACUACUACAUGUCGACAAGAAAUAAUAAUUUUUCUAAUCGCAGCCAAAAGGGCCGGAUUGUCGUGAUAGAUUAUGUUAUAUCUGAAAAGAAAAUUGGUUGGAACGGUGGGAAUUUGACGGUUAGCGGAAGCAAUCAACAAGGGUUAUGGAUCCAACAGGGUGCAUUAGAGUCGCUUGUUAAUAUUCGACUUGAAAUGUGGAAUCGUAAUGAUGGAGAACAGCGUAUAAAGCAAGCUCAUGGUACAGUAAAUGUUGGAGAUGGCUACGCAAGCGAUUUUUUGGUCGUUUAUCCUUUCACCAAUUUUUCAUCAAAAUCUUUUGAUGUGACUUUGAAGCUUGAUUCUCAGAUUUCAUCAGAGAUUCAUAUCUAUCACUCAAGUUAUAUUAAUGCUCAAUCAUGGACAAGAGUACCCAAUGUUACUAUUGAGAAUAAUAUUGCUAGAUUUAGUCAACGCGAAGGUGGACUUUACGUAGCAAGGACCCAGCCAGCCACUGCAGCCAUCGCCGGAAUCGUUAUUGCCAUUGUAGCUGGACUUGUGGUUAUUAUUGGAUCUAUCAUUUACUUCAGACGUCGCCCAGAGGCAUGGGCUAACUUA